AUGAUCCGGGCCUUCUCGUUCCCGGUGAGCCCGGAGCGGGGUCGGCUGCGGGGAUGGUUGGAAGGCAGCCUGGCCGGGCUCUGCGAGUUGCACUGGCUGCGAGAGAGGCAGGAGUACCGCGUGCAGCAGGCGCUGCGGCUGGCCCAGCCCGGGAUGGGGGGCGCCGAGGCUGAGGACGAGGAGGACGCCGAGGAGGACGAGGAUGCGGCAGCGGCGCGCAGGGCCGCGGCAGCCCUGGAGGAGCAGCUGGCACAGUACAUCCCGGGCGCGCCCGCGGCCUCCAGGGGCCUCCCGGGCCGCGCCGCGCGCCGCCGGGCCCCGCCGCUCACGCGAGGUCGCAGCGUGGAGCAGUCCCCGCCAAGGGAGCGGCCUCGCGCUGCGGGCCGGCGGGGCCGCCUAGCAGAGCCGUCGGGGCGUCGGGGAUCGCCAAGGGCGCGCAAAGCGGCGCGCUCACAGUCGGAGACCAGUCUACUGGGCCGCGCGCACGCCGCUCCGCCGCCCAAGUACCCCACGGCCGAGCGAGAAGAGCCCCGACCGCCCCGGCCCCGUCGUGGCCCAGCGCCCACGCCGACCGUCCAGGCCUGCCGUCGGUGGCGUUCCACGGCUGAGAUCGACGCUCCGGAUGGCCGCCGCGCCCGAGCCCGCGUGCCCGCGCCGCGCGGCCCCGCACCCUCGCCGUCCGCGCCCCCGCGCCGGCUGCUGUACGGUUGCGCAGGCAGCGACUCCGAGUGCUCAGCGGCGGGGCGGCCCGUGCCGCUCGGCCGUCGGAUGCCGUCUGGAUGCGCACCCGGAGGCUAUGGCGAGAGCGAGUCGAGCGCCAGCGAGGGCGAGUCGCCCGCCUUCAGCUCUGCCUCCAGCGACUCCGAUGGCAGCGGAGGCCUCGUGUGGCCGCAGCAGCUGGUGGCGGCCGCCGGGGCCUCCCCGUCGGGGCCCGGGGGUGCUGCGGGUGGGGGGACGCCCGCGGGUCCCGCCAAGGUCUUCGUGAAGAUCAAGGCAUCGCACGCGCUGAAGAAAAAGAUCCUCCGUUUCCGGUCGGGUUCUCUGAAGGUCAUGACGACUGUGUGAGUUGGGGCGGGAUGGGCUUGAAUUUCACCUCCAUGGCCUCUGCACCCCCACACUUCUCAUCCUCCAACUCCCUCCAUACCCACCUUCCAAAGACCACCGGUUUUCUCUGCUUCCAAAGACCCUCCUCACUCACUGCCCGCCAUUCAUAGCCGUCCCGGAGAGGCUGCCCCUCUCCCCCGCACUGGGAGGCGCCCAGAUUGUUCCAGUACCGCUGGUUUUCAAAGCCUUGAACCAGAAGGCGCUCCUCUGUGGGCCACACUCUCCCCAUCUGUACAAUGGGUGUCCAUGUAUUCAAAUGCAGUAAUUCCGUUCGGGUCUCCCCUCUCCCACCCCCGUUUUAAUUUUAGAAGCUUAGUCUGUUCUCUCUCCACCUCUCUCACAUAGCCUUCUCAUUCCUCUUUUCCUCGCCCAGAUAGGGCCCCCUUCUCAUUCACAAAGUGCCCCCUCCAUGUCCCUGGACCCUUAGGAUAUCCCCUGGGGCCCUCAAGUCAGAGACCAUCUGACUCAGGUUAUGCCUACAGAGUGCCCUGGAAGAGGAAGUGGCACUGUCUUAGGGGCUUUGAGGGUCAAGUAGGAGUGCCAACACCUGGAAAGGACUCUUUCUGCUCCAUCCCUGGACAGUCAUGGAGGAUUGGGAGGUUAGAGAGAGGAAGGAAGAUGGUUUCAAUCUCGUGCCUCUCCCCCACGAGGAGUGGGGGAAGCUCAAUGGCCCUCAGCUGUUCCAAUCCAGUGGGUUUUUUUAAUUUGUUUUUUUGAUUAAAAAAAAUUACUGUAUUUAUUAUGACAAUGGUGACUCCCCAGUGCGUGGGGGGCCAGAUCCUGUGUGUUUCUCUAACCUCUUUGUAAAUAAAUGCACACUGUUACAUAUU